UUUAGCAUAAUAGCGUGGCGUAUAACCGAGGUAAUGUCUACUAAUAAAAGUACAAUAGUUAUUAAUGAAGUGGCAUUCUUCGUGAUUUUACUAUAUAUUAGUAAAGCAACAGAAGUAAAAGAAGUUUACAAAUGGAACAAUGUAAACUUCACGUGGCCUAAUCAAUUGGUGUAUCAAUAUAGUCUCCAGGCAGGUUUAUAUAUACCUGCAAAUAAUUUUCCGACCAAUAUAAAAAUCUAUGGCAGUCGAAUAUAUACAGCGUUGGGGCGAUAUUAUUCAGGAACUCCUGUUACACUGGGAUAUGUACCACUUAAAUCAAACAACGUUUCGCCCUUGGUGACGCCAUUUCCAAGUUGGGAGAUGAAUGUUCAAUGUGACUGCAAAACCUUACAAAAUGUAAACGCAAUUGACAUUGAUAAAAAUGGAAUCAUGUGGAUUUUAGAUGGUUUGAGACAUAAUAAUCUAACAAAUUGUCCUUCAAAAUUAAUUAUUUACAAUAUUACAUCACAUAAAAUAAUUUCCACUUACGAUUUUCCAUCAGAAGGAGGUCAGACCAAUGCUUACUUGGGAGACAUUGUUAUAGAUGGUAACUUUGCCUAUAUAACAGACAGUAAUGCUCAAGAUCCAGGUAUUAUUGUAUAUUCAAAGAAGAAGAACACGUCAUGGAAGUUACGCGAUGCCAGCAUGUUUCCGGACCAAAACGCAUUAACAUUUAAAAUUGGAAAAUCUAAAUUCAACUAUUAUCAUGCAGUGGGACCAAUUACAGUUUCGCCAUAUACUGGCAAUUCAAAGAAAAACAGAUUUAUCUUUUACAGCCCAGUGAGCAGUUUAAAUAUCUAUAAACUAAACGUGGAUGUUAUUCAAAACCGAGAUUUGAUAACACAAAAUUCAUGGCGAGAUUACGUCCAUGUUGCGGGCACAAAAGCAGAUCAAUCAUAUAAUUACGUUAUGAAUCACAACGGAGAUAUGUAUUUUUGUUUACUGAAUAAAAAUGCACUUGCCAAAUGGAAUGUUGAUAAGGGCUUCCGUACUGCAAGUUUUGUCGCAAGCAAUAACAUGAUAAAUUGGUGCACAGGUGCAGCUUUCAGUAGGGAUCAUUUGUAUUUAAUAAGCGGUAAUUUAAGUAAUUAUUUUAUAAAUGGUGUGAAACCCACGAUAGAAAUGAAUUCGUUUCGCCUCUUAAAAGUUUCUAUAAAAAAUAGAAAUAAACGAUAUUCAUAAUUACACAUAUUGUCAUAGAAAUCAAUAUUUAAUAAAAAUGUCAUAUUUUAUAUCAAGGUAUUAUUAGAUUAGUGAAGUGGCUUUCUGUGUCAUAAAAAUUUUAAAUAUUAAAUGUUUGAUAUGUUUUAAUAAAUGUUUUGUAUUAAAAGUUUUUGCUUGUGAAGAAAUUCCUGCAAAUUAUUUAUUAUAAAGAAUGUGAGAGUACAAAAUCGCGCACAAAUGGAUUCGCAACGUACUUAUGUUAGAGAUAAUGAAACCAAAAGAAAUAAACGUUCCAGCCAGAAAAAGGAAAAUAACCCUGUGGAAGUCUUUUAUUUAAAAGAAGUUCCGGCAAACUGGGGAGUGCAAACAAGCAGCUGUCGCUUUCCAGACUCAACAACAAAUACCGCUAUAAGUUUGCAGUCCUCAGAAAAGGAUGAUGAUGAGGAAUGUUUUCCGGCCUUCAGAAGUUCUUACUCUCGGAAGGGGCGAUCUUCUAGCAAUAAUACACUGAAAGGAAAAUUAUUGAACUGGAUGAGCAUGUGCUUCUGGAAUUGUUCGGCAGGUUGUCAAAAAAUACCCACCAUGGAUUGAAAUAAAAUAUACGCUGUAAUUGUGAAGUCUA